AUGGUGGCGAGACUUCGUCUCGACGGGUUCAACUAUGCCACAAAGGCUACUAGCUUGCUAGUGCGACAAGCCGACAGAGGACAAGAGCCCCUGUCGCGUCAUACCGCUAAUAUCUGCUAUGUGUUCUUCAGAAUCUACGACAUCCACCCCAGAAGCGACGAGCAUUGUACUCGCCCAGGCAAUGCGACAAAUAUCCGAGGGCUACCGUCACGUCAGCCUGAAGAUGGUGCUUACCUAGCAGCGAAGAUUGAGGCUAAGAAGGCAGUCUACAAGGCCAAGUCCGACCGCUACCAAGGCUGUGUACGACAUGCUUUACCAGAGAAGGGGAAUGGGCAGUGUAUGGUUUAG